UUUAGGGAAGGGCAAUUUGUACUUCGAACAAAGGCAGGACACACUUAUCAUUGUGACCAAGUGGAAAGAGUUCCAGAGAACGGCAUUAUUUAUGGCAUUAACAGAAGAGCAGAACUGUCCCAUCGUUCACGAUACUAUCAUGUAAUUGGAGGUCUUCCAGGAGAUGCCAUGCAUGAUGUUUUGGAAGGAGUACUUCAGUACGAGUGCAAAGAAAUGCUAAAGGUUUUUAUCCGUGAGGAGACAUAUUUUACACUUGACCAGUUGAAUGAGAGAAUAAAGGACUUUGAUUAUGGCUACUAUAAUGACAAGAACAAGCCAUCACCAAUCUCUGCCAAUACCCUUAAUAGCACCAACAACAGUCUCAAGCAAAAAGGUAUCUAAUGAACUUGAUAGUGUGUCUCAGCACUUUAGUUAAAAUGGUCCCACUCAGGCUUAUUGAACUUUGGAAUAAAAUUAAUGUGCCUGUAUUAAAGCAAAAUGUUUGCAAAAGCUUUUUUGAUAGUGUAAGUAACAAUGCUAGCAAUAGUAAUAUAAUGAUAAUUAUGUUCAUCAAUACCCUGGUUGGGACAAUCAUCAACAAGUGGAGAUCACUGUAGACUGAGAAUAUUCUAUGAUGAGAGAUUCUUAACUAGUAACUACUUAGCUGACUAGCCAAUUACAAUCGUGUAGGAGAAGAAUCUUAAGCUUCCAGUCUUAUAGUCUUUUGUUGUUUCUCGCUAUAUGUGGGUUCUCAACAACCGAGUGUGUUGAAUUUGAUUUAUUACCACUAACUGUACACUGCAGUUUCUUUCCACCUUUGUUGUCUUGCAGCAGCACAAAUGUGGUGUUUGGGUAGAUUUCUUCCCCUGAUAAUUGGCAACCUAAUACCAGAAGAGGAUGAAAGGUGGCAACUAUUUAACAUGCUUCUAGAAAUCAAUGAUAUUGUCUUUUCGCCAAUUGUCAGUGAAGACCACAUUGGAAUUCUCGAGGGACUAAUUGAAGAACAUCAUUCAACAUUUGUUCAGUUGUAUCCUGGAAGAUCGGUAAUUCCUAAGAUGCACUACAUGGUUCACUACCCAUCCCAAAUGUUGAGGUUUGUUUAGGCAUUACUGUAUUAUUAUUUGAGGUAGCUGAGUGCAGUUUGUCUAGGGUAUGCCAAGAAAUGUUUUUGUUUUAUUUUCCAAUAUCCAGUAAAUUUUAUUUAAUAUCCAUUUUUAUUAUUGUUUUAUUAUAGCCUUGGCCCAAUGGUUAGAUCUUGGUGCAUGCGAUAUGAGGCAAAACAUCGAUAUUUUAAACAACUUGCUGGUGUGCUUGGAAACUUCACAAAUGUGGCUUAUUCACUGUCAAUGAGACACCAACGGCUCCAGUGCCUUAAAGUGGAUUCUUUAGGAGCUUUUAGCUGUGAAUUUCUUCACAAGCCAAUCGAAAUAGGUGACUUUUGA